UGACCAUGGCGGCCCGCCCAAACCGCAGUCCGCGCCUCGACCACCUCUCCCGCGUCCUCGCCUCCGACCACCCGCCCCCGCCGGCGGCCGCCGUGCACGCGCGCCUCAUCCGCGCGCACGGCGACACCCCUCCCCCCGUCAUCCGCUCGCUCCUCAACCAUGCCAUCCGCCGCCUGUCCAAGCCGCGCCCCCACGCCGCGCUGCGCCUGCUCCUCCUCAUGCCGCGCCUGCCCGUCUCCCCCGACCACUUCACCGUCCCCUUCGCGCUCAACGCCGCCGCGUCCCUCGGCCUCCUCCGGCUCGGCGCGUCCCUGCACUCCGUCGCGCUCCGCCUCGCGCUCGCCCCCACCUGCCUCCCCGUCGCCAACGCCCUCGUCGCCCUCUACGCCAAGUGCGACGACCUCCCCGCCGCGCACGCCGCGCUCGCCGACAUCCCGGUGCCCGACGCCGUCUCGUUCAACUCUCUCCUCUGCACGCACGCCCGCCUCGCCUCCGUGCCCGCCGCCGAGUCGCUCUUCACCUCCAUGCCCUCCAGAACCCAGGUCUCCUGGAACGCCAUGGUGGUCGUCUACGUCAAUGCCGGUGACUUCGCCUCUGCUCACCGGGUGUUUGAUGAAAUGCCUACGAGGGAUUCCUCUUCCUGGUCUGUGUUGAUUAUUGGAUACUGCAAAAGCGGGUCAAUGCAGAGCGCCCGGGAGCUGUUCGAUAAAAUGCCAGGGAAGAAUCUUGUGACAUGGACAGCAAUGAUAAAUGGGUAUGCUCAAUGUGGGCGGCCUAAGGAGGCACUAGCAUUGUUUAGGGAACUGGAGGCUGCUGGGAUUGAGCCAGAUGCAGCCACCAUGGUCGGAGUUAUCUCCUCUGCUUCCCAGAUAGGUAGCACAGCAUUAGCUGGGUGGGUUGGAACCUACGUUGACAGGAAGAGGAUUGAAAGGAAUGAGAAGGUGCUUACAGCACUGGUAGAUAUGCAUGCCAAGUGCGGGAAUGUCGAGCAGGCUCUCAAUGCUUUUAGGGAGAUUGAACAGCCGGAUGCAUACCCUUACACUGCACUUAUUAGUGGGCUGGCGACUCAUGGGCACGCAAAGCUGGCACUUCAAGUGUUUGAACGGAUGCAAGCUCAGGCAGUUAAACCUGAUCCGAUCACUUUCGUCGGUGUGCUUACUGCGUGCAGCCAUGCAGGGCUUGUUGAUAGAGGGUUGGACUAUUGGGAAGCAAUGGUGCAUGAGUAUGGGAUGAACCGUCGGGCAGAUCACUAUGCCUGUGUUGUCGACAUGCUUGGUCGUGCAGGGAGGCUUGAGGAGGCUUUUGAGAUGGUCCAAACAAUGCCGAUGGGCCCCCAUCCAGGUGCUCUUGGCGCCCUGCUGAGUGCGUGCAAGACACACGACAAUGCUGAGAUUGCUGAAGUUGUUGCAAAUAAGCUUUUUGAGUUGGAACCUCGAAAUACUGGGAACUAUAUACUGCUGUCGAGUAUAUAUGCUGGGAGAGGACAAUGGGAGGAGGCAGAAAGAGUUCGGUCGCUGAUGAAAACAAAAUUACCUUUCAAACAGCCAGGGUCUAGUUGGUUUUAGGAUCAGCAGAGGGAGCAAGGCAGGUUGUCUUUUGAGGAGCUGAAAAGCACCACAAACAUUUCUGUUUGCUAUAUGUUAAAUCGGUGCAGGCUGAGGCAGAAAACAUGGCUAAUUGAACUAUCAAGAAUGCAACUAAGUUGGGAUGCUAGCAAGGUACCUUCAUCUCUUCACAGCUCACUUUAUACUUGGAACUCACCAUGGUUAAUUUAUAUUGAUUUGCGUGGGUAUUCAGAGUUACUUUUCCAUAAUAAGUUUGUAAUCUCCACACAAACUGCUAUUGCAGUUUAAGCUCUGUAUCUUAGAUAAGUAUUUUUAACAAAACCAGUAAAUUGUACGUGCUUUGCACUCCAUUUAGAUAUAUAACAGCAUGGAAAAAUACACACUGAUAUUUAUUUCCUUUCCUGGAAUCAUAUUGGCAAGAUCCAACUCUAUCCCAACUUGGUUCUUACCCCUCUAGAAUCCAGAUUGUUCUCAGUCUCUUAUUUUAUUAGAGAAUCAGAUAAGCAUGGGGAAAGAUGUUUCUAGAACACAUCAGAUGACAGAGUUGGGGUUCAGUUAGAAGGCAAUGUGCAAAAUCUUAUGAGUUGAAAACUUUAUUCAACAGAUGAUAACGUUCGGAUUGCGAUCUCUCAACUGUUUGAUAGAGCAUAUCCGACGGCUAAUAUUUGAAGUUAUUGACACACUUUAUAGAUAUUUAAGCUAUGGUUCACAUGGUAUAAUAGGAAUGAAUUGAGUAAAGCAAUCUUAGCUUAGUGUCA